AUGAAAAUAUUUGAUAUUUUUUGUCUAUUAAUACCGGCAGUAAAAGGUUUUGCAAUCCAUAUAUAUAGGAAUGAAAAAGAUUGUAGUGGGUAUCUUGUUAUUCCUAUAACAUUUUUAAAAUCUAAUAAAAUUAUAGGGAUUACUGUUAAUGAUGAAUUGUACAAUGCUUAUUAUAUACGAGAUGAAAUAAAGUCAGAGGUAGUUAAAAGUAAUUAUUUUCUUAAUAAUGCAAGAAUAAACUUAGAAUAUACUGCUCUUUAUAAAAUAACUAACUUCUCUUAUUUUCCACAAGAUGUUGUUAGACUUUAUGUUAAUAAUUCUGGGUGGUUAUUUCAGAAGCCACAGCAGUUUCGUCCGGUACAAAUCUUUUAUCAUUACAAAGAUACCAGCGAGUUAGAACAAGCAUAUGCUAACUUAAAAAGAUGCAUUUACAAUCUAAGGACUUUGAAAGAGAAUAUAAGAAAACCAACAUAUUUAAUUGAAAAAUAUGUUGAAUUUAACGAGGAUUUAACAACUUUUGAUGAAAUCAUGAAGUUACAUGAAGAAGGUAGUCGACUUAAUAAUCUAAUUACAGAAAAAAUAGAUAUGAUUAAAAUUUUGUUGAUAAAAAAUCGCAAUUAUCUUGAAACAGAUUUUUUACCGGAACACGAAGAACAUGCAAUAAAAGAUGCCAAUGAAAUGAAUAAUAUUUUGAUGCAAAUAUAUGAAGAUGUGAAGCACUAUGAAAUACAGUAUAAUAGCAUUAAAGAUAUAAUAUUUCCAAAGAAAAAUGAAGUUGAAUCUAAAGUAAUACCAAACAAUGAAAAAUUUAAAAUUGAAAAAGAGUUUUGGAUUGUAUCAUCACUAAUUAUUACCAUUUAUCUAGCAAUUAUAAUAGUUGUAGAAAAAGUAUAUAGUAAAAAAAGAUAA